AGAUAUUUUAAUCAUCCAAAUUGUGAUCAAAUUAUAUGAAGUGCUUGAUACUUCUGGAGACAUCUUUGUAGUAAUGGAAUAUGUAGAGAGAUGUGAAUUGCUCAUCGAGAUCUUAAACCUGAAAACAUAUUGAUAACUAAUAAUUAUAUUGUGAAGAUAGCAGAUUUUGGACUCAGUAAUCUAAUGAUAAUGAAAGAUGGUUAAUAUCUUAAGACAUCUUGUGGAUAUCCCAAUUAUGCCAGAAGUGAUUUCAGGUAAAACUUACUGUGGGUCAGAUGCAGAUGUAUGGAGUUGUGGAGUUAUCUUGUUUGCAUUGUUAGCAGGAUAUCUACCAUUUGAUGAAGAAACUAAGUAAGCCUUAUUUAAGAAAAUUAAGACAGCUGAUUAUUCAAUUCCAAAUUUUUCUGUCUUUAUGUGAG